AUGACGACGAUGACGACGACACCACCGCCAACACCACUCACCUCAUCGCCUUCAAAGCUUGCCAGUAACAACAAUCAGCACUUCAAAAAGCUUCACACCUUUGAUCUGUCAAGCAUGACGGCGAUGACAGCAAAGCCAACCACCGAAAACAUCACCAUCACCACCGCUUUACCCGCAAAAGCCGACCUAGUGGACAUCAGCUCGGCUGCGGCAGCUGACAUCGCCGCCAAAACCUUUUCGGCUGCUGCCACCCAAACCGCAAACGGCAAACAGCAGGCAAAGUCGGCGGCUGCGACUGGGCGAAAGCAGAAACAACAGCAGAGCAAGGCAGCUACUCCAGACGGCCCAGGCCCGAAGAAGAAGCCGAAGAAGCCAGCCAAGCUGGCGGGCCAAAUCACGCCCUCAACGCUGUCCGCCGUCUUUGCGCUCGCCUUGAACAACCAGAACGACAACCAGAACGACCAGAGCAUUUCCGCCGCCGCUGCCGCUGCCGCUGCCGUUGUCGAUCAGCAGCCUCCAGCAAAGAAGAGGAAAAAGCAACGCAAGAAGAGAUCACCCGAGGUAGCAUCAGCUCGCAUCAUCAAAAAGGCUAUCUGGGGAGAGCUGGGGCAGAGUGAGGAGGAGGAGGAGGAACCGGAAGUCGAGGAGUUGGAGGUCACUGUGGUCAAUGGAAAGCAGGCGGCUAAAAAGCAGCGGAAGCCAUCAGCAGCCGUUUCCAGGCCGGCAAAGGUCUUCAAGCGGUCAGCACUGCAGACCUCGCAGCCGCCCUCGCCCCUCCUCAAGUACGUCACCAUUCCCGAGCACAUUGUCCUCGAGGACAGCCUGCAGAUCACUAGCCGAAGCGGAAACAAGAGGCAAAAACGAAACAGCAGCAGCAGUCGGAACAACCACAACAACAGCAAAUCGAAUCGAAAGCGAGCCUUUAACCAACAACUGCUGACCAGCAGCGGCGGCAGCCAGAGCAGCCAGAGCAGUCAGAGCAGCCAGAGCACCAGCAACCGAUCCUGGUCGCCCAACAGCUACAGCAACGGCUCGGGAUCGGGAUCUGGAUCUGGUAGCCAACUGGAGCAGCAGCAGCAGCAGCUAGGAAAGGAGGAACGGGCGGCGAAGCGCCUCGCCGUCUGGCGCUCCGUCCUCGAGGACAUCGGCCGCGUGGAGAGCCUGGUGGCCGCCCGUCGGCAGCAGCUGCUGGAGCGGCGCAAGGCGCUGGCCACCCAGUGCCGCACGGCCGCCCUCAAGAUGGCCCGACAGAAGCAGCGAGUGCAGCCGGUGAAGCAGAUUCAGCAGACGUCAAAGACCACGCCGACCACCGUGGUGAAGAAGGCGGCUGCACCGAAGGUGGGAGCGGCUUCGACGACGGCGGCGGCUACGAUGAGCACCGUGAAGAUCAUCUACAGCAGUGGAGCAUCAUCGGCAGCCGGUGGGGCAGCUGGCACUUUGAAGCCCAUCACCUCCAUCACCUCAGCCUCAGCCUCAAACUCUUCCUCAGCUUCCCCAGCUUCGGCCUUUGCCUCUUCAGCGCCAGUUUCUUCUUCUACCGUCACCGCUGCAAAGACGACGCCCAAAGUNCGGGCGGCGAAGCGCCUCGCCGUCUGGCGCUCCGUCCUCGAGGACAUCGGUCGCGUGGAGAGCCUGGUGGCCGCCCGUCGGCAGCAGCUGCAGGAGCGGCGCAAGGCGCUGGCCACCCAGUGCCGCACGGCCGCCCUGAAGAUGGCCCGACAGAAGCGCGUGCAGCCGGUGAAGCAGAUUCAGCAGACGUCAAAGACCACGGUGGUAAAGAAGGCGGCUGCACCGAAGGCUGCCUCGACGACGGCGGCGGCGGCGGCUGCGAUGAGCACCGUGAAGAUCAUCUACAGCAGUGGAACAUCAUCGGCAGCCGGUGGGGCAGCUGGCACUUUGAAGCCCCUCACCUCCAUCACCUCCUCAGCCUCAGCCUCUUCCUCAGCGCCUGCUUCAGCUUCAGCCCUAUCCUUAGCCUCAUCCUCUUCUUCUGUCACCGCUGCAAAGACGACGCCCAAAGGGGUGAUGCUCACCAAGGGAAGGGCUGGAGGAGCUGGUCAGCAGCAGCUACUAGCAACAAAAACUAGCGCACCACCAUCGGCGAAACCGCCGCUGGUCACUGUCAAUGGGGGCCCGUCCUUCAACGGCAGUGGGCCCGUCCUCUCGGCGGCGGCUAAGAAGACCACCGAUUUGCCCCCGCAAAUGGCCACGGCCAUCCUCAACGCCUCAAAGCAGUUCAUUCAGCAGCAGCAACAGCAGAAAGCGGCGGCCAAGGCAGUGGCGGCGGCCAGUAAACAACAACAUCAGCAGCAGCACCAACAGCAACAACAAACGACGGCCACGCAAAA